AUAUAGAGCAAAAGUGGCAGAGGCUGGAAGGGAAAAGCAACGAGGUUACGAUAAACGUGAGAUUGGCUGCCAGAAGACGCAGCCACAUCUAAUACCUGUAGGAAGGCAAUCUCUUUCAUCUCUUCCUCCGCAUCACCGAUAAACUCUUUUAGGAUUUGAAUAUUUUCGCUUUGGACUGGCUGAGGAGGCCAAUGGGAGCAGCGAGUCGUGCAGAGUGAGGCUGGAAAGGUCACCGGCACUGGCAGGGAUCAAACGUGAGUGGAGGUAGUGUUAAUGCGAGCCAUGAGCGUCACCUAGGAGGAGGUGGAUGCCGCGCGUUGAUCCUUCCGCCUGCCCUCGGCACCAGCUGAGGCUCUCCGUGGCCCCGGUAGCCGCAUACAAAGUCGCCUCUUCCCUCUACCACCCCUCCUCCGCCGCCUCGCCUACACCGCCGUUCACAGCUUUAUCAGAAUCGUCUAACUUGAUUUUGGCAAGAGUGAACGUCGACUGUGAAAACACCACUCCAAUAUCGAGAGUCCUGAGGAGCGGUGGUGUUGGCGGCAGUGGCGGCGCUGGGACAAGGCCAGAAAUCGGAGAUCACUCUGGACACACUAGCCGCGGGCGGCAGCUCGGGUGGUGGCGUGCCAGGCUGCUGGUGUGUGUUCUGUACCUCGCUGUCGUUCUUGCACUAAUUAUUUACAUUGAAUCUGCCAGGUUGGUGAUGGUACCAAUCACAGUCUUCCUCAUCGUCCUCUCUCUCGCUCUCUUCGUCAUCAUCCUCUUUUGCGUUUGUUUCGUGGUGUUUCUUUGAUGUUGGGAGCCCAGCAGGGGCGCGCCAGCUCCUGCAGGACUCCCAAGGGAAAUGAUAUGUCACUACAGCACCGCCGGUGUUCCGCGGCGCGAGGCUCAGCAGCCUGACUGGCGGUACAGAUCCUGCGACUUCUUUGAUCUGUAGAAGGCUCGUCUCCACUCUGCCUUGGCACUGCACUCGCUGUGUCCCUCACACGCCUGAAUGGUCAUGGUGACGAGCCUCAGUGCUGAGAAUCACCACGGGGAAAUCAGCCUCUGAAUGGGGAGCGGCGCCUGGCGUGGUGGAGCUGUCCCGGGAUAGUGUGUGGCCUGGCGUGUGGUGGGUGUCGGGCACGGGCGGCCACUGGCGUCCGUGGGCGCAUACUUGGCGUGGUCCCCGGGCGGUGCCACGGUUUUAGCCGCGCAGGUGUGGGGCGCUGGGCGGACAGGGCGAGCAGUGUGUGUGGGGCAGCGCUCCCAGCCGUGCCCGUGCCCGUUCUCCGCGGAGCAGUUCGCCUUGGUAUCCCACGCUCCGGCCGGCCAGCAGUGUAAUGGGUGCGGGGGCAUGGUGGUAGCCACGUUGGGGGGAGUGUGUGUCCAUGUGGCGUAAGGAACCCCACGCGGAGGUGCGGCAGUGGAUAAGGACAGACAACGCCAGGAACAACAAUAACGAGAACAAUAGAAAUAAUAGAAGUGGAAGAAGUGUUAGCAACAAAAGAAGCUGCAGCAAAAGAGGCAGCACAGGGGUAGUGCAGCAGCAGCAGCAGCAGCAGCAGCAGCAGCAGUAGCAGCAAUAGCAGCGGCAGCCGCAGCAGGAGCAGCUGCAGCCCCUAACAGCCUCGCCGAGGUAUGAUGCUUGACGGCGACACCAUGGAUAUGUCGGCCAGCAACAGCGCGGCCUCCUCGUCUGCCGGGGGCGGCGCUGCCAUAGACUCGACGGUGGUCGGCGAGGACCCCGUGGUGGUGGCCGGGAACAGGCGAGGCCGCGCCAAGGCGAAGGACAAACCCAAGAAAAAGAGAUUCCUCAGUGCCUCCUCCAAGUCACUCUCAGCAAUUCCUAACCGGAUUCAGCUUUCAAUGCUCAAUUCUGGACUCAUCCAUAUAACUGAAGAAGACAAGGCCAUCGGCGCCAUCCCCACUAAACCUAUCGAGUCCAAAGACCUGGGGAAGAUAUGCGCCCAGCACCGCCGCUAUCCCGUCCUGUACAAAGUAGAGUUUCAGAUGGCCUCCAAGACCGACCCUCAUUCCAUGCGCCACGCCCUCAAGGAAGCCAACGAGCUCAAGAACACCAGCAAAAAAAGCUUAGCCUACGACUACAACAGGGUGGUGCUGGACCCGCUGCCCGACGCCCCGGACUCAGACUACAUCAACGCUUCCUACGUCGACAGCCUGCUGACCCCCAAGGCUUACAUCGCCACGCAGGGGCCGCUGGAGAACACAAUCGUCGACUUCUGGAGGAUGGUGUGGCAGCAGAAGACUCGCCUUAUCGUCAUGCUCACCAAGACCUUCGACUUCAUCAAGGUGAUGUGUGUGCAGUACUGGCCGGCCAUGGUGGGCUGCUCAGACCGCUACGAGGGCAUCAAGGUGGACCUACUCAAGGAGGAACAGCUCGCCAACUUCAUGAUCCGGACCAUCAAACUCAGCCUGGAGGAAAAUCCCGAGGAGGAGCGGGAGAUCGUCCAGUUCCACUACACAGAAUGGCCGUCACACACCCAGCCCUUCAUCAACGCCCUCCUUGAGUUCAGACGAAGAGUGCGGAUAUGGAUGAGGUCGAACAUAACACCGGCUGACGGGCCCACUGUUGUCCACUGCAGUGACGGCGGCGCCAGAACGGGUGUGUACCUCGCAGUGGACGCAAACCUGGAGCUUCACGAGGAAGACGGCAAGCUGGAUGUAUACGGCUACGUCAAGAGGAUGAAGCAGGCGCGGCCGGGGCUCAUAGAGACUGUGUCUCAGUAUCGGUUCACUUACGAUGCCCUAGAGGAGUUCCUGAUGUGCGGGUAUUCCUUCUUCCCCGUCAGUGAACUCUCGCAGCGGCUCAAGCACAAGUCCAUGAAGGGCCCCCACAACAAGAGUGAAUACCAGAUCGAGUUUGAGAAAAUUUGCAAGAUGACGCCACGGUUUACCAUCGGAGACUGUGCGGGAGGUCACCGGGCGGACAACAGAGUGAAGAACCGCAAUGUGUUGUGUGUGCCACCUGACAACUUCCGGCCGUACAUCACUUCAUUCCAAGGCAACAACAACACUGACUACAUCAAUGCAGUCUGCGUCGAUGGGUACUUGAGGCCCAGGGAAUACAUUGUAACCGAGUUUCCCCUCAAGUCGACCAUCUCAGACUUCUGGUCGCUUGUGUACGACCAUGAGGUGACCUCCGUCGUAGUCCUGUGCAACCCCUCACCCUUGGAGGCCUCGACCUACCCUCCCUUCUGGCCGGAGAAAAGCAAGUCAGUCAAGUACGGCCCCGUGUUCACCAUCGACCACGUCAGUCACCAACACUACCAGAACAUUCGCUCCUGGGUCUUCAAAAUCACGAAAAAGAUCGUGUCGCUGACGGAGUUGAUGGCAGGCAUCAAGGCAGAGCCCAAGUCGUGCCAUCUCUUCCAGCUGAUGUGUUGGCCGCAGGGACACAAGGUGCCCACUUCCACUAACGCCCUGGUGGAGUUGAUGAACAUGGUGGAGAGGUGGAGGCAGCGGACUGGCUACGGCCCCGUGGUGGUGGUUAGCCCGGACGGCAUGAGCCGGGCGGGCGUGUACUGCGCGGCAAACGCGUGCAUCGAGCAGGUGGUGCAGCACGGCGAGGUGGACGUGUUCCAGGCCGUGCACACCGUCAGGCGACACCGACCACAGCUCAUUGGAAACAUGACAGAAUACAAAUACUGUUAUGAUCUCGUCCUGCACUAUGUCCUUCACUUCCUGUCCAAGGAGGUAAAAAAGUGACGCUGAGGCUCAAGAGUGGAAGCAAAGCCCCGCCAGGACAGCGCUCACCCUCCCCCACCCUGUAAACCUGAACUAACAGUGGCGGUGGUGGUGACUAAUGUAGUGCAGUCUCCUCCUGUACUAACUCGGAGGUCUCCCGUGAACUAUACUGUGACUAUUGACAUAUUUACUCCACUCUGCUGUUGAACACCUGGCUCAUACCUGCCGUGGCACGGUCUCUUUUCCAGGACGGCGAAGAAAACAAUCAAGGGUCGACACUCAAAGAAAUACCGAGAUAAAGGUGUUCGAUGCUUUAGCAGGCAUUACCCAAGAGACUGGAUGCUCUUCCCUCCUCUCCUGUACAUCUUGUCGCAUCUCUCCUUCUCUCACACUCCUGUUCUCCUUGUCUGUUCUCCUCCAUUCUGCUCAUUGCCGUUACGUGGUGUUGUUAUUGUUUUGUUGAUGUUGUGAGUUAAGAAAAGUAACAAGCCAGUGGCGCCCUGCUGGCCCAGACAGAUCUCGCUAUAAUAUUGUGCUGGGGGUUUGUGCAUCAGAGCUUCACGAUACAUGAUCUUUCUCUGAGAAACACACUCGGUUCACCUUCCGAAGCAAAGAGAAAGUAAUGGAAAAUAAUUCGAUUACACUUGGCUCACCUUCCGAAGCAAGAAUAAAGAAAUGGAAAAGAACUGUGACCUUAAAGGAAUGUUUUAGAAAUUACCUGACUGUCUGGCACGCGACACGAAGUUGUUGGUGUUAACCGAAGUCGCGAUGUGCAGAAGGACAGUGUUACUCCGAGUGCGUCAAGCGUGGCGACACACAGUAGCCAGAAGACCUCGAAUUUGUUCACAGAAGACUGAGGAGUGGCAGCACAUCGGGCUGCACUGUGCGGUGCGGCCCGCCACAGCCUGGAUCACUGUGACCUCUUGCGACCUACACUGUUGUUGGGCGAUUGUUUGGUUGACAAUUCGACAACCACACACACGCACACACAACUCUGUAAAGAUUUUCUGGUAAAUAGGAUCUUUUCUCCCGGUAAUCUUGCAGCUCCUAAUAGAAGCACGUGUCAGAUGUCAUGUAUCGCCAGUAAGAGAAAUUAGUCGUGCGGUAUUUGCACCAUUAGCUGCCUGAUGCCCAAUGUAACUGACAGCGUGUGCCGAGUAGACAGUGAAGGUCUUUGUGAUAGUUUUGUACAGACGCACAACACACCCCAGUGGUGGACGACCCAGAAGGAAGACAGAUGCUCUUCCAUGUUGAGUUGAGUUGUGUUGACAUGAAUGGUUAAGUGAACGAUGGUUUUCGUUAUCGUUCUUUUUGAUUUUUUUUUUUUUUGAUGUUCGAGUCUUUUUUUAUGAUGAACCUUUUAUUUUUAGUUGUGUCAUGGUUUACUGUUGUUGACUUAGUGGUAAGCUUGUAAAUAUUUGUGGUGGGUGGUGAGUUAUGAAUUCCAGUGGAAGCAGAUUUUAUUUUGGUGCACAAGCCAGACUUAUUGUAAGAGGCUGAAGUGUGAUAACCCUUCCUUAGUUCCUUCACAUUUAGCUCAUCCACCCCGUCAAGUGUUGUUACUCCUGGAACAUCGCAACAGGCUGGUGCAGAAUGUUAUGGUGUACAUUUUUAUGUCGUGUACGUGUGACGUGGUGCGCUGCGUGCCUGGCUUGGUGUGGACGAGAAGGGCGCCUGACGCCCAGUACAAUCAUUCCUUUCCCCGUGUCUCAAAGACGUGGCCGUACCUGAGGUGCUGGCUGGCCCGCGCUGGCCAUCUCACUCUGCUCAGACCAAGUGUUGGCCAAAGUAUCUCACCAAACAGUGUGGUCUUGUCCCUCACGGAAAACACCUGCACCAGUGGAGGGAGAGUGCGGCCCACUGUAAUGUGUAUAAUGUGUUCGUUGGUUACUUUAACACUUUUGUAGCUUUCGCCCUAGACGCCACGGCAGUCUGGCGGCGCCGGCACUCCCCCGCGGGAGUGUGAGCGUCACCCCGACUCUGUGGCGGUGGUGUUCUUGGGAAUGGUGACAAAUGUAAAUGGAGAAAUCAGAAUGCUUUUACUUUCUUGUGUUAGCAAUUAGCAUAUUACAUGACAUCUUUUCAGAUUGUUAACACAAUUUUCUGUAUAUAUAAUGAUCUUGAGCAUACUUAUAACAGUGUAUGCACUGUGCGCACCGCAAGUCGCUUGAGCAGCGGCUCAACGCGGGAACACAUGCUGCACGGCAAGGCUCUCUCUGUACCUACAGUACUUUCCAAAACACCAAAAGCGAUGCACGUCAGAUUCAUAGUUUAGAAAGCCAAUAUGCAACGCGUUAAACAUUUCUUUGCUAAUUUCUUUCUAAAGUGAAUGAAGAUUAGCACUGUUGUGUACCGAAGACAAGAAUCACACCCAUUCAUUCUUUCCUUGCUCACCGGCACUCACCGACACUUUUCCUCAGGUUUAUGAUAAACCUCGUCACGAAUAUAAGCAUAAUUCAUUACGCUAAGAUAGUUUCCGUGAAUAACCAGUCCCUGCUCAAGCCUUUCCCGAAGCAGCGGCGCUUCCGCCUCGCCGGGACUCGGCCGGCGGCCCAGGGAGAUUUGCAGUCUGGAAGUGUAACAAGAUACUGCUCACGAUGAAAUCUGGAGACAUUUACACACUGAGCGUGCAUGUUUGCACUCACUGAGAGUUGUAGUUCUGGAACAUUAUACCCUAACACUAGACGUAACUUUUAGUUUCAUAAAUUGUCCAGCAGUGUCACGCCGCCCAGACACUGCUGUGUGUAUAUAGAUGUAGCUGUUCUUAUACCCUUGAGCCUGGUGAUGAAACACGUCAUUAUGGGCACCACCUGCGCGUGACCCACCCGCCUGUGGCGCAGUGACUCGCGUUUCACUCGCCGUGUGGAUUACAUCAAGUGUGACCCACGUAGUGAAUCGGUCAUACUAAGCUUUUAGAAGUAAGGCGAACACAUCAAGGUUCUGAGUACAGUCGUCAUAGUGAAUCAUUCGUAAACUCUUGAAAAUGUUAAAGUUUCUGCGGGAAAAGCGGACACUCGAGAACCUGAAAGUUGCAAUGCUUCUUUAUCUUUAACAUCCCUGAAAUAACGACAGGAAUGUGUCUUGAGGGCAGUGCCAUUAUUUCACUUCAAAACACACCGACAAAGUUUACAACUCAGGGAGACUUUGAUGAAAAACAUGAAAAAUAUGAUGGUUGGUUCCGAUCAUUAAUAUUUCCGUUCCUGUCAACACGCGUGGGUCACUUUUGUGGGUCAAGAUGUCUCCCGCUGCCAUCGGCCUUCAUAGGUCAGCCUCCCUCCCUCGUCCUCUGUGUCUCUGUGCUCAGAGGGCGCGGCUCAGGUCUGGGAUACAUUAAGGAUAGUUAUUUCCUUUGUGCCGUCAACUAUUUCAUUUAUUUAUUUAUUCAUUUUAUAUUAUUUCGAUAACACACAUAUUUUAUUUUCAAUCGAUCGUCAUUACUUUCAGUACACGCGACACAAAUCCUUGUUUAAAAGGCUAAAACUCGCGUCGCGCGGCGUGAGUCGCGCGGCGUCAGGUGCUGGCUUGCUGUGUGCAACAUGGAUAGUUUUGUUAAGGAUCCCAUUCACACGAUGUACAUAUGAUCACAUGUCAGACGAGCAGGUAUUUCCUUAUCCCUGUAUUGUUGGGAAUGAUAAUUCUUGUGAAAUACUGUAACAGGCAAAUAAAAAUCGCUCUCACAGGUCUUCACCUUUUUUUGUUAGUAGCUAUUAAGGAAACGUUACCUAAUUAUGUUACGUCAGCACGUCUAGCAGCAAUACUACACGAGGUGGUUGACGUGCCGUGCACACAACAUCUCACACUAGAAGCACUCACUUGCCUUGUUCAGGAAUGAUGGUCUUGUGCCCCGGUUUAUAUUAAUAAAAUGUCCCAAAA